GAGUCAUGGUUGCACCCUGACGUAAAACUAAAUGAAGAAGGAAACCGGACAUUUACGUCAGUGUAGGAAAGCAGCAAAUCUAGUGAUGCGCUUCUAGCCGGUUAGAAACAUCAGGCACAGUUAAUAUAGAAAGUCUAAUUUCAUCCACAAAGCAGCGAACUCUUUAAAAGGUCAGCAUCAUGGGUGAACCACAGCAGGUUAGCGCCCUGCCUCCCCCGCCUAUGCAGUACAUUAAAGAGUACACAGAUGAAAACAUCCGCAAGGGCCUGGCACCAAAGCCACCUCCGCCCAUCAGAGAUAGCUACAUGAUGUUUGGCAACCAGUUCCAGUGUGAUGACCUUAUCAUCCGGCCUCUGGAGAACCAAGGCAUCGAGAGGCUCCAUCCUAAGCAGUUUGACCACAAACGGGAGCUCAAGAAACUCAACAUGUCCAUACUUGUGAACUUCCUGGAUCUUCUGGAUAUACUUAUCAAGAGCCCUGGAAGUAUAAAGCGUGAAGAGAAGUUGGAGGACUUGAAGCUUCUGUUUGUUCAUUUGCACCACCUGAUAAAUGAAUACAGGCCACAUCAGGCCAGGGAGACACUGAGGGUGAUGAUGGAGGUGCAGAAGAGACAGAGGCUAGACACAGCAGAGAGGUUCCAGAAACACCUGGAGAGGGUAGUGGAGAUGAUCCAGGGUUGCCUCGCCUCCUUACCUGAUGACUUACCACAGAUGGAGGGUGCAGACGGAGCUAGUGAUGGGACAAGGACUGUGUCUGCUGCUGCUGGUGUUGGUAGCUCCUCUGGGCAAGCCCCAAGGCUAAAAACUGAACCAAUGGAUGUGGAGGAAGCAGGUGGCAGCUGUAUGGCAGUAGGUCAGCAGGACAAGAGUGUCCCCACUUCAAAGAGAGACAAAACGUGGGACAAGGAUGCAGCUAUGUGUAGCAUUAUAGAUGAAAUAGCUUAGUUGUUGAGUGGUUGUGUUUCUUUUUGUACAUCAUUACUUCCCUUGUCUUUCUUUACUGUAAUAUGAACAAGUAUGAAGUUUCCUGUUAUUUCAUCGAGCCUAAAACCUGUAUAGAGGUGAAUUGUUGUUUUAUUUAAAAGCUGUCUUGUAUAUAUUAUUAAAGAGUUCCUGUAAAGACAUUGAGGAACUUGAACUAUCACACAAAUAAACUGGGAUUACAUCUUUCAAAUUUUGUAAUAAAACCAAUAAAGACAUUUCUCAUUACUGUCA